AUGAGUAAAAAGAAGCAGAGGAAAAAGCUGCCGAUCACCAGUUCUGUAAACACUAACGAUAAGGUCAAAUUCAAACAGUCAAGAGUCGAAACAGCUCGACUCAUUCGUCGUUUCCACGUCUUGAAUAAGGAAUUAGCAAAAUGUCGGAAGCAGUCAUCAACCUCACAGCGGGAACAGGAAAUUCUACAAGAAAUGGAAGCUAUGGGAGGAUUGGAUUGGUAUCAAAAGGCUUCUCAACUCGGUCAAAGUAAAAGACGAGGAGGUGAUUCGUCAAAGUGGCUGAUUCAAACUAUGAAGGAGCGGUUGCCUUCGUUGUUGGAAAAAAUAGAAAAACCACUCCAUGUCCUAGACGUUGGAGCGGUGGCGCCUGACAAUUAUAAACUUUACAAAAGCUGGAUACAUGCUAGAGCUAUUGAUCUGAAUCCACAGCAUCAAGAUAUUGAGCAGCAAGAUUUUUUAAAAAUGAAGCCUCCAGAACAGAAAUUUGACAUAUUAUGUCUGAGCUUAGUUAUUAAUUUUGUGGGCGAUCCAAGAGAUCGAGGUAAGCUAGAUAUCUGCAAACCCUCGUAUGCGAUUGAUGGAGGUAGAUCUAACAAGUAG